CCGCGCUCGCGGGAGCGCGCACGGAGCGGCCGCCACCCGCCAUGAGCGCGCUCAAGGUCUACAGCACGUCGGUGACCGGCUCGCGGGAGAUCAAAUCCCAACAGAGCGAAGUGACCAGAAUCCUUGAUGGGAAGAACAUCAAGUACGAGCUGGUGGACAUCUCCCAGGACAACGCGCUCCGGGAGGAAAUGAGGGCCAAGGCAGGCAACCCCAAAGCCAUCCCGCCCCAGAUCGUCAACGGAGACCACUACUGCGGGGACUACGAGCUCUUUGUGGAAGCGGUGGAACAAAACACCCUGCAGGAGUUCCUGAAGCUGGCGUGAGCCACAGCCCCGCUCCCGUCCUGGACUCCUCCGGCAUUCCCGAGUGCCCUCGUCUCCCACCACCUCCCCUUCCCGGGUGCCAGCACCGUCCUGGCACCGCGACCUGCCUCCCAGCACAGGGAAACCCGUGACCAAAACUCUCACUGCAGCUCUCUCCAAUUGCCUCCAGCCUCAGCCCCGCGUCCUCUCGGAGGGCUCCAAAGCAAGAGCGAUGCUCGCCGCGCGUCGCCUGGGGACAGAGGCGGCCCGGGGCUCGCGCAGCUUCCAGUGCCUCUGCAGCGGGCCGGGUCGCUGGGGCCGGGCCGCGGGCGGCCAGCCAGCGGCCCCUUCCUCCACCGGGAGCCUCUGCUCCCCUAGGGAAGGGCCUGGGGCUGCCUCUUACUUCCCACUCCUCCCGGUUGCUGUUAAAAGCGUAAAUCCUGCUGCCUCGAUUCCUCCUUAAUCUGAGCUGCCGAGAUUAUGGCGACCAAGUUGAUUUGUUUGUUUGUUUGUUUGCGUUAAUUCAAUGCAGAAAUACUGCACAAAGGUGGCGUCUGACCGCCCACCAUGGAGCGGAUGAGCUCUGGGAGCCUGAGGCUUGUGUCACCCGCCGGGCUGCUGUGGUGGCAAGGGGCCCGCGCUGCCCUCGCCCUGCCGUGGUGCUGCGACUCCCUUGCGAGCGUUACCGGCUCGGGGCUGAUGCAGACCAGCCGAGGCUCCAGCUGUCUUGUCUUAUCUUUCCUUUUUUUGAGAUAGCUUUUUGCAACCUGGACCAAGUGCAUUUUGUUUUCCUGCCAAAAAAGCACGUUUAUAACCAGUGUUGUCUUCUGAGAUGCUAUUAAACGUUACUGUACCUUU